AUGUGGUGCGCGAGGGUGGUCACCAAGCACCAAAGGAUGAAUGGAUUCUUUUGCAAAGAAGACGGUUGCGAAAUCCUUUUAUGGCGAAAAAAAGGAAAAGCAGAUCUAGAGUUGGAUUGCGGUUUCAAGGCGGCGGAUGUUAAAAUUCCAUUUUACAUUUAUAAUGGUGAUAAAAAUGGCUCUGAAGAAGACACAAGUAAAUAUAUGAUGAGCAAAACAAGCGUGGAAGUUGCAUUAGAGAGAGUGAACAUGAGGCAGAAAAGGAAUACGAAGCCUAUAAGUUCCUUAUUAUGA